GCACCACAAAACAACACAAACAGGACUGUGGAAUGUUAUACGGGUAAAUGAAGGAUACAUCUAUGCUGCCUUCAAAACCUUCAUUUACUCUCUGCUAAGGCAGUGUUUUUCAGCUGUCAUGAAACAGACUCAUCUUUGCAUGUUGUGUUCGUAAAGUCAAAAUGUGGUUAGCUAUAGCCAGUUCAGUGAUUUUUUGCUUGUCUAAUUUUAAGAACAUAAAUAGGCAAUUGCAAAUGAAAAUAUCAAGACCAAACACAUGGCAGCUUCUAUACAGGUAAAAUGCCAUUACUUAUUUCUUGCCUUGGCAAUUUGUGUAAGACUUGAAGUAAACGCACAAAGUAUUGGAUAAAAAGACUGAUUUGGGUAGAGCUUUCUGUAUGAAACAAUGGGAUGAGAUGGGUAAGUGCGCCUAUAGAGUGUGCCUCCGUGACAAGACACGAGAUGAUGCUCUGCACUUGACAUACAAUGCAUUGUCAAUUUGAAGGAGGCUCCUGCACGUCACCAUUUAAUGAUCGGUCAACGAGGUGGGAUCUUGAUGAAAAUGAAGAGCCCUCCCCGUAGGGUCUGCUGGAUUUCCCUGGGUGACCGUGACGAAAUCAGCGAAAUAAAAGAGCCCACCUGGACACGGUGCUUGGGUACGAGCGAAGAGUAAACAGAGCCGCGCACAGAUACCGCUGCGAGUGCUGCUCUCCAGAAUACUUCAACAACAAUGAUCGCCAACAUCUCGAUUUUCUGCGUGUCUUCACUUCUACUUUUAAACUUGGUCGGUGCCAAACCAGUUUCCAGUUUACAGAGUCUUAAGCAGUUGUUAGAUGAAGAAGUCAACACGCCGUUUGUGGAGUCAGAUGAGUCGGUGUUGGAGCAGAAAGAUGCGAGAGCGGAGAAGAGCGCACUGGACGAGCGAGCGGAGCAACUGUGGGAAUCAGACGCGCGCAACUCGGCGCUGGCGGGAAAAGACGGAGCGUUCGAGCGUCUCCUAGGUGACUUACUGUCCACAUCCAAGCGCUCGUGGAGUCGAUUCAAGAAAGGCGGACUGAGGAGCUGCUUUGGGGUCAGACUCGAAAGAAUCGGGUCUUUUAGCGGGCUCGGGUGUUAAGUAAAGGUAUGUUAGGAGACGUUAGGUCAUCUUGACGAGAUUUAAACAUGGGGAAUUGUUCAAACGCGUAUUAGAAAUAAAAUAAGUCAUGUCUUAUUACUACAUGUCAUGUCACUUCUUGCAGGUUGGGACUUCACUUGACACACUUGGGCACAUAUUCGAUAAAAAAAAAAAGAA